AUGAUCGUCCUCCACCACCUUGGGAUCUCCCAAUCCGAACGCAUCACCUGGCUCCUCGAAGAGCUCCAACUCGAAUACAAACUGGUCAAGCACACGCGAGCACCAGCCCUGGCACCCGACUCUCUCAAGAAUAUCCCCGGCAACAACGCCGGCAAGAGCCCCUUCAUCGAAGACCCCGAUGCUGGAAUCACGUUAUCCGAGAGCGGUGCCAUUACCGACUACAUCAUCUGGAAAUAUGGCAAUGGCCGCUUGGCAUUGAAACCAGACAACAAGAACUUCUCGGAGUAUCUGCACUGGAAAGAUUUCUCGAACGCGACUUUGCAACCCGCGAUGCUCACCCUCAUGUUCCUAAAAGCCGCGCAAAUCAGCGAAGAGAACCAAAUGCUCGGCUUCGCAAACCAGCGCCUCCACGAAGCCUUGAAGCUGAUGGACGACCGAUUGAAAGACAGCAAGUGGCUUGCAGGCGACGAGUUCACUGCGGCAGACACCAUGAGCGUGUAUCCCGUGACUACGCAACGAUACUGGGGUCCUCAAGUCAGCUUGAAAGAGUACCCCAACCUGUUACGAUGGCUGAAGGACUGCUCGGAGCGUCCGGCGUAUCAGAAGGCGAUGGAGAAGGGCGAUCCUGAUAUGAAGUUGUUGAUUGGAGCCGAAGCCCCGGGGGAGAGCCUCCUGGCAGCAGGAGGGUCCGAGAGCAGUAUCUGGAAGAAGUGA